CUCUUUUUCGUAAAAUCUCUGAGGUAUUCCCAAUUUCUCUCUCUUAACGCCUCCCUAACACAAAUUCGCUCCUCCAAAUCGACAUCAUGUCGACUUCCGCGGCGGAGAACUCGAGCAGGAAGAUAACCUUGCGAAGCUCCGAUGGUGAGGUGUUCGAGGUGGAUGAGGCGGUGGCUGUCGAGUCCCAGACGAUCAAGCACAUGAUCGAGGACGAUUGUGCCGACAACGUUAUCCCUCUCCCCAACGUCACCGGAAAAAUCCUCUCUAAAGUCAUCGAGUACUGCAAGCGCCACGUUGACGCUGCAGCUGCCGCCUCCAAGGCUGACGAUAAGCUCGCAUCCACCGCCGCUACUGAUGACGACCUCAAGGCUUUCGACGCCGAUUUUGUCAAAGUUGAUCAGGCCACGCUCUUCGAUCUUAUUUUGGCUGCUAACUACCUGAAUAUCAAGACACUUCUGGAUCUGACUUGCCAGACUGUUGCUGACAUGAUUAAGGGAAAAACUCCAGAGGAGAUAAGGAAAACAUUCAAUAUCAAGAAUGACUUCACACCUGAAGAGGAAGAGGAAGUCCGACGAGAGAACCAGUGGGCUUUUGAAUAGAACAAUUGCAAAAUGAAUUAUCUGUAGUUGUGAGUUUAAUGUUCUUGUUGUCAAACAGAUAAUUCUGUGGAUCUUUCUAUUACAUGUAAUAUGAAGAUUACGUCCAAUACACUGGUUUUUCUCGCAAUUUUUGGGAGGAUUAUCAUUUUAAUGUGACAUUUAUGCCGUACUAAAUUAAUGUGCCUCGUAGGCUCCA